CAGUGACAGUUUUUAACGCCCUAACCCGAUCUCUCUGCCGCUCUCCUUUCCCCUCCUGCGACGAACCAAGCGACCCCUCCUCCUCCACUCUCUCAUCUUCCCGUCCCUCCCUAACUCCCCAACGCCAUGAAGCGCUCCGCCGACGAUCGGGACCGCAAGCUCCCCGCCGCCGCCGAGGUGAAGCCCGUCUUCAUCUCCAAGGCCGAGCGCCAGCGCCUCGCGCUCCAGCGCCGCGAGGAGGAGGUCGCCGAGCAGCGCCGCCGCGCCCAAGACCUCCUACACAACCAAAUCCACCGCCCCUCCUCCUCCAACUACAAGCCCGACCCCCCCUCCUUCGCCUCCGACACCAACCACCGCGACCGCGACCGGGACCGGGACCGGGACCGGGACCGGGACCGAGACCGGGACCGCCGCGCCCGCGACCGCGACCGCGACCGAGACCGGGAGGAGGAGGCCCGGAGCCGCGAGCGCGCCCGCCUCGAGAAGCAGGCGGAGAGGGAGCGGGAGAAGGAGCUGGAGGCCAUCAAGGAACAAUACUUGGGGUUCAAGAAGCCCAAGAAAAGGGUCAUCAGGCCCAGUGAGAAGUUCCGCUUCUCUUUCGACUGGGAGAACACCGAGGACACCUCCCUCGACAUGAACACCCUCUACCAGAACCCUCACGAGGCCCGCCUCCUCUUCGGCCGCGGCUUCCUCGCUGGUAUUGACCGCCGCGAGCAGAAGAAGCUCGCCGCGCGCCACGAGAAGGAGACCCGCGACGAGAUCCGCCGCAAGGAGGGCGUCGAGGAGCGCCCCGAGGAGGCCGCGGCCCAGCGCGAGAAGGAGGCUGCUGCAGAGCUCUACGACGCCUUCGACAUGCGCGUCGACCGCCACUGGACCGAGAAGAAGCUCGAGGAGAUGACGGAGCGCGACUGGCGUAUAUUCCGCGAGGAUUUCAAUAUGUCCUACAAGGGCUCUCGUAUCCCUCGCCCGAUGCGCAGCUGGGCCGAGAGCAAGCUCAGCCCUGAGCUCCUGAAGGCUGUGGAGAAGGCCGGCUACAAAACACCGUCCCCCAUCCAGAUGGCUGCCAUCCCUCUCGGUAUUCAGCAGCGCGAUGUGAUCGGGGUUGCUGAGACCGGGUCUGGGAAGACAGCGGCCUUUAUCCUCCCCAUGCUCACAUAUAUCACGAAGCUGCCGCCCAUAAGCGAGGAGAACGAGGCCGAGGGGCCCUAUGCGGUGGUGAUGGCACCUACUCGCGAGCUUGCGCAGCAGAUUGAGGAUGAGACGGUGAAGUUUGCUCAUUAUAUGGGGAUCAAGGUUGCCUCGAUUGUCGGGGGUCAGUCAAUUGAGGAGCAGGGUUUUAAGCUGAGGCAGGGGUGCGAGGUUGUGAUUGCCACUCCUGGGCGUCUUCUGGAUUGUUUGGAACGACGAUAUGCUGUCCUCAACCAGUGCAACUAUGUUGUUCUCGACGAAGCUGAUCGGAUGAUUGACAUGGGUUUUGAGCCGCAAGUUGUUGGUGUCUUGGACGCAAUGCCUUCCAGCAAUCUGAAGCCUGAGAAUGAGGAUGAGGAGCUUGAUGAGAAGAGAAUCUACCGGACGACUUACAUGUUUAGUGCAACCAUGCCCCCAGCUGUGGAGCGCCUCGCUAGGAAGUACCUGAGGAACCCUGUUGUCGUGACAAUUGGCACAGCAGGGAAGGCCACUGAUCUCAUCACUCAGCAUGUGAUCAUGGUGAAAGAGUCAGAGAAGAUGCCCAGGCUUCGAAGGCUGCUCGGUGACCUUGGUGACAAGACAACCAUUGUGUUCUGCAACACCAAAAAGACUGUGGAUGCAAAGGCCAAAGACUUGGACAGACUGGGUUAUAGGGUGACGACAGUCCAUGGAGGGAAGUCACAGGAGCAACGAGAGAUCAGCCUGGAGGGAUUCAGGAACAGGCGGUUCAAUGUUCUUGUAGCAACAGAUGUGCUAGGGCGUGGGAUUGAUAUUCCUGAUGUUGCUCAUGUUAUCAACUAUGACAUGCCAACACAUGUUGAGAUGUACACUCAUCGCAUUGGAAGGACAGGGCGUGCUGGAAAGACAGGAGUGGCGACGACGUUUUUGACUCCUGAAGACUUUGCAGUUUUCUAUGAUCUGAAACAGAUACUGAUCCAGAGCAACAGUCCGGUGCCACCAGAGCUGGCCAGACAUGAGGCAUCGAAGUUCAAGCCAGGAACCAUUCCAGAUAGACCUCCAAAGCGGAAUGAAACAGUUUUUGUUCAUUGAUGGAAAUGGGACUCUGGAUCUUGAUGAUGAACCAAAUACCAGAUUGGGCGUUCAGGACCUAAUGAUACCAUUUUUCUUGCUUUUAUGGCCAGUUCACGGCUCUCCUUCUGAUCGGGAGAAGGCAUUUAAAAUUGCAUGAGUCCCAAGGUGCAUUUAUUCUGUCUUGAUUAUAAGAAAGUAGGAUUUUUUUUUUUAUCUAUUCUGUGAUAGGAGAUUUGGAAAUGCUAUAUGGCUCGUGGAUAUUUUCUUGUUAAAAUAUUUUCAAUUUAUUCGAAGCAUAUAUAUGCCAGUAAUAUGGGCACGUGUGUAUUUAGGAAUGAUUUGAACCCAAUCUCUGAUAAGAGUUUGGGUAAUGUUAUGUAAAUUGUACAUAUUGUCCUAUUAGAAGAAUUUUGCAUUGUUCCAAUUA